AUGCUACUAACUGGGAAACAAUUUAAAAUUCUAAACAGAAAGCUCAUUUCAUCAUUACAACUUCAGGCUGAUGCAGGGGGCAAAAAUUUUGUAUAUGGAAUCGAAGUUGAUGUGUUACUAAAGGGCCAUAAGCAUCGACUUCAACACUCAAUUGAUUUGGUUGAUCAAAACAAUGAGAAAAGAGUGAAGGCACAUUCUGAUUUGUUUACUUAUGAAUUGAAAGUUUUAAAGGAUGUUGCCAUGGAAAGGUAUGUUCUGUUCAUUCAAGAUGUGAAGAAAGUGAGUGAAGAUGUUAAUCUUAAAAUUGAAGAACUUCAUGAAGACAUGGGAAAGGAAGUUGCAAAAUUAAACCAUAAUUAUUCAUCUCUUCACUAA